ACAAGAUUUGAAAAAUACAAAAUAACUUCACUAAAUACAGUGGUUGAACAAAAUGCGAUAGUUGUGGUCUGAAUUUGGGAUACAGGCUUACUGCAGUAACGCAGCACGAGGAGGUGGUGCUUCAGUUUACGAGGCGCAGUGAAGGCAGCAGAACUCCCGGGAAAGCCGUGCGCGGGAAAUUCAGUCCUGUCUGAACCGAAUACUUCCGUGUUUGGAUUAAGUCAGUACUAUAACAACGACGGGUUAUUACAAGGUGACACCAAAACAUCUCACUUUGAGUUAAAGGUGCUGGUACUACCAUCGUUAUAAAAUGUCAAAGAAGAAAGGAUUGAGUUUGGAGGAGAAGAGAACUCGCAUGAUGGAGAUUUUCUUUGAAUCAAAAGACGUGUUUCAGCUGAAAGACAUCGAGAAAAUCGCUCCGAAGUCAAAGGGCAUAUCUCCCAUGACUGUGAAGGACGUUCUGCAGAGCCUGGUGGAUGACAACAUGGUGGACUGUGAGAGAGUGGGAACGUCCAACUACUACUGGGCCUUCCCCAGCAAGGCCCUGCAUGCUCGCAAGCACAAACUGGAGGAGCUGCAAAAACAGAACUCUGAGGCCAAGCAGCGCAAAGUGUCUCUGCAGAAAGCCGUCGAAAAGGCAAAACUGGGACGUGAAGAUACAAAGGAGAGAAGCUCUCUGCUGAAGGAGCUGCAGACUCUGAGAGAGGAGAAAACUCAGCUGGAGGCCGACUUGGAGAAAUACAGAGAGUGUGACCCAGAAGUCGUUGAUGAAAUGAGGAAGUCGAAUGGUGUUGCAAAAGAAGCUGUUUCCAGGUGGACCGAUAAUGUGUUCGCCAUCAAGUCAUGGACAAAGAAGAAGUUUUCUUUUGAUGACAGUCGCAUUAAUAAAGCCUUUGGGAUCCCUGAGGACUUUGACUACAUGGACUGACUGUCAGUGUUUCCUCCAAACCUUCAUGGACGAUUGGGGAACAUACGUUUUUUUCCUCAGUUUGAAGCCAGUUACCAGUCCUCAGCAGUUCAGGUUUAAGUUCUGUAUGUUAAAAUGAAAAGAAAUGCACCAAGAUUUGUAUGUACGGCCUGGGGUGGUUUAGGAUAAGGCCUGAUAUCUGUCUUACUGCUGUGGCAGAUGGAAUUUAUCAGUGGAUCUGUUGCUUUGGUGCAACCAGAGAAGAGAAGCAUUUGAGGCAGUUUGGGGUGAAGGGGUUCUACGAUGAACACAACCUACCAGCUUGACUUUUGGGACACCUGUUUGCAUGAAAACUGAGAACCCUAAGUUGAUGAUAGAAAGGAAUCAAAACUUAACACAUCUGUUUAGCCAAAGAUGUAAUUCAUAUGGUUUAAACAGAUGGUUUGGAAUUGAAUGCUUGUGCUCUUUUUCUCCCGUAUUUCCUUGUCUUACUUUUGCAUUCACUUAGGAAAGGAGAUUUAAUCCAUACCUGUAAAGUGCGCUAAAACUAAUCUGAAAUAAAUAAAAGAGAAGCCAUGUUUAGGAUUUGUUUUGUCUACACUUGUUGUAAAUAUUUGUAAAUUUACCACAUUUUCUUGUGUUGACAAUAAAGUGUUCCUCUGAGUUUUACAAGCCA